CACCGACACCGCAGCAACCACGGCGGGAACUUCUCCAUGCUGAUAGUGAUCGGAGACAUCAGCACCGACCACCAGCUGCAGAUCGCCAAACAGCACAUCGAGCGCGGGAUCUGCUCCUGGAACAUCAGCCUCGAAGAAUGUGAUCUGAACAAACAGCUUCAGCUCUUCAUAACUAGACACUCCGCCCAGUUUUCUGCAGAGGUCAGAGGGCAAAGGACUCUACACCACAGAAGUGAUGUACUUGAAACAGUUGUCUUAGUCAAUCCAUCAGAAGAUACGGUUCUUUCAGAGAUCCGGUCUCUUGUGUCUGACCCAGCUGUGCACAAACUACUGGUCCUGAGUGGGCAGAACUCGGACCAAGGUGACCUGGUUCUUCAAACUGGGGUUUUUACUCAUCGAGCCGUCUCACGUGUCUUGGCUGAUCCUGGGGUUGUUAACCUGGAAAAAGCAGUCCCAGGGCAGCGGGCAACACUCACUGUGUCUUGCCAGGCUGAGGCAGGUUGGACAUCCCUGGGACAGCAUUUGAAGGAGGUUAUGGACUUCAAAUUGAAUCCAGAGCCCAUACUCCCCAAAAUGGAAGGCGUCACAGAGUUCACAGAAUACAUUUCUGAGACUGUAGAUGUCCCAUCCCCAUUUGAUCUGCUCGAGCCACCCACAUCUGGAGGAUUCCUUAAGCUAUCCAAGCCUUGCUGCUAUAUCUUCCCUGGUGGUAGAGGGGACUCUGCUCUGUUUGCAGUCAAUGGCUUCAAUAUUCUGAUUGAUGGUGGAUCUGAGAGAAGGUCAUGCUUCUGGAAGCUUGUCAGACACUUGGAUCGUAUUGAUUCCAUUCUUCUCACGCACAUUGGUGCUGACAACCUCCCUGGUAUAAAUGGACUGCUUCAAAGGAAGAUAGCAGAACAAGAGGAAGAGCAGUCACAAGGCUCAACCACUUACAGUGACUGGAUGAAGAACCUCAUCUCACCAGAGCUCGGAGUUGUGUUCUUCAAUGUACCAGAGAAGUUGCGCACAUCUGAAUCAAACUUAAAAGUCAAGCGUAGUAUUGAAGAGGCCUCUCUGACCUUGCAGUACCUUGACAAGCUUGGAAUGACACCUGAACCUCUUUUCCGAGUAGUUAGUAAUACAAUUGAACCUAUCACUCUUUUUCAUAAAAUGGGUGUGGGCAGGUUAGAAAUGUUUGUCCUCAAUCCUGUGAAAGACAGUAAGGAGAUGCAGUUUCUUAUGCAGAAGUGGGCUGGUAACAGCAAAGCAAAAACUGGGAUUGUUCUUCCCAAUGGAAAGGAAGGAGAAAUAUCUGUGCCGUACUUAACAUCCAUUACAGCUCUAGUGGUGUGGCUUCCUGCCAGUCCAACAGAGAAGAUUGUUAGAGUUCUAUUCCCUGGCAAUGCUCCGCAGAACAAAAUUCUUGAGGGGCUAGAAAAGCUAAAACACCUGGACUUUUUGCGAUAUCCAGUGGCUACACAAAAGGACAUUGCUUCAGGCGUCUCACCCUCUGUUAUAAAACAGCCAAAAUUAAAGCAAAGGGCUGAGAGCAAAGAAAGUCUUAAGUCAUCACCCAAGACACACACACCUACCAAGGUUGUAAAGAAGGAACCUGAAGAAGAAGACACACCUAUUGUUGAGACAAAGACUGAAACUGUUAAGGAGAUCAAACCUGAGAAGAAAGAGGAGAAAAAACACACCCGACCACUGAAACCAAAAACUGAGAUAACAGAAAAGAAAAAGUUAUUAAAGGAAAAAUCAAUUAAAAAAUACACCAAAGAAAGAGCAACUAAAAUGGAUGAGAAAAAGGACAAGGAAAAGAAAGAGAUCAAGAAAGAAAAACAUGACCUAAAAAAAGAUGACUCUGUGAAAAAAGAUGACAAAAAAAUAAAGAGCAAAGAUGGUUUAAAACCAGAAUUGAGGAGAAUAACCAAACCUGAUCUAAAACCAUUCACACCAGAAGUCAGAAAGACUCUUCACAAGGCAAAAACCCAAGGGAAACCCAAAACAACUAAGAGUAAGACUCCUAAGGUAGAGAUUAUUGCAGAACCAGAUUCCAAGAAAGCCAAGUCUGAAAUGCAAGAGAAUGAAACAGCAGAGGUUAGAUCUGUUCCCUCAACUCCAGAAGAUCUGACAAAAGAUUUUGAGGAGCUUAGAGAAAAUGACAUGCAGAUAACUCAAGCUGAGCCAGAGGAAAUUGCCAGUGAACCUUCAAAAACAGCAGUAGAGGAAGAACUUGGACCAAUCCCUGAUACUAUUGCUGAGAAAGAGGAAGUCUUUGAUUCUCAGACUGCAAGACAACCCCAGGAACCAAGACCUCAAGAUAAGGAUGAAGCACUAGUGCCAACAGAGAUCAAAGGAGAACCUGAAAAAACUACAGAUGAGUGCCAGGUACAAGAGGGUGAUAAAUUUGAAGAUGAAGGGACUGCUAUAGAGGAUGAGGAAGAAGAAGAAGAAGAAGUGUUGACAGUUGAGAAGAAAACAGUCGAAGAGGAAGAGGAUAUGGGAAUAGGGGAUGAAGAAGAUGAAUCAAUGGCAAAGGACACUAAAGAUAUGGAGGGAGUUGACAGAAAACAUGAAGUGGAGGAAAUGGAAAAACACAAAAGCAGGGAAGAGCUUACAGACAUAACAAAGACAGAAAUUGAGGAAGUGCAAACUGAAGAUGAAUAUGUAAUUGAAAAGGCUGAGCUGGAGGAGGCAGAAGAUUUGGACGCUAUUGCAGAUGAAGAAAUCAAAGAUACUGCUGAUGAAAAAGUUACAAAGGAAUGGGAGUACAAAACAGGGGAGGAUACUCAGGCAGCCAAAGUGGAAGAGGUUGCAUCCAAAGUCCAAGGAACUGUUGCAGCAGAGAGUUUAUCCUAUAUUCAGGAUGAGACCAUACCUGGUUACUCAGAAACUGAGCAGACAAUCUCAGAUGAAGAGAUUCACGAGGAAGCAGAGGACAGAAUACACCAUCUUCAAUAUGAAGUCAGCACAUAUGAUGUCUCAGUACCAGACCAACCAGGUUCAUUUGAUGCAAUCCAUGGCAUGAAGGUGAUGCAAGCAAUGGGUGAUGAAACAGCAAAACCAUUUAUGGGUAUCCAAGAACCUGCUAUUUCUCUGUACACCAGUAUAAUUGCUGCUCCACUGGCAGAGGAGGAACAUGUUUCUUCAGCAACAUCCAUCACUGAGUAUGAAAAAGUUUCCUCUUUUCCGACCUCUGUUACUGAUGAUCAGUCAGUGGCAUCUGUCACAGCACCUCAGACUGAAGACACUGGAAAGAGCUCGCUAGAUUUGGACACAGUUAACAUUGUACAUCCCAUAAUACAAACAGAAGCUAGUCAAGGAAAAGACUACUUACACUCUGCUGGAACCAUCUCUCCGACGUCCUCCCUGGAGGAGGACAAAUGCUUCAAAUCACCUCCUUCAGAGGAAUGUUCACCACUUCCCCUGGAGGGGAAAACAGAGGAACUUGAGAUCACUGCUCACCAUGAUGAAGAUGAGGAGGAUGAAUAUGGAGAUCAAACACCAAACAUUGACAUUUCCCUUGGAAAACUACAGGAAGGAUAUGCUGUAUCCCAGAAACUGCAAGAGAAAGCCAAAGAAAGCGACAAGCCCAAGAGCCCUGAACCUGCUGCUUUGGAGUCUACACUGGACAAAAAGUUGUCCUCUCCUGAGUUGGAGGAAAGAACAGUCUCACCAAUUAGAGAUGUAAUUUCUAAAACAAUAGUUUCAGAUUUGGGUGGUUUUCCAGAGACUGAAGAUCGAUGCUUUAGUCCGGAUGACAGCACUGUGAAAAUGGCCUCUCCUACUCAGUCUGGCCCACCUAGUGCCACCCACUCCCCUCUUCGUCUAUCACCAGUGGAAGAUAAAGCCAAGACGUUCCCUGAACCGUUGCAGCAAGAACAGGAGAAACCAACCUUCCCCUCAGAGCUUAAAAUUGAUGAAAGUGACAAACAAAUAAUACAAACUGACAAGGAAGAAGAGUACAAAUCAGACACAAUUGCAAAACCUGAUAAAAAAGAAUUACAGAUUCAGGAACAGAAGGAACAAUCGGAACAGUCAUUGGUGAAAGAAGAGGAAAUAUCUCAAGAUGCAAAGUUGCCCACCACUAUAACAACCCCACUGACAGCAAAGGAGGAGGUUUCAUUGAAAAUGGGAGAUUUACCAGUAGAUCAAGAUGUAAUCAAAGGAGGAGUGAAGACAAGUGGAGAUGAUGAGAAAUAUCAAGAUAUUUUCCAAGCCAAAACCGUAGAAGUAGGAGAAAGUGGGUCUCUUGAUGUUCAUGAUCACACUGAUGAAACACUUGGAGUUAAAGAUGAGAAAAGAGAAAAAGAAAAGGAGCUUUAUGAAGAUGAGAAAGAAAAGGAGGAGAAACAAGAAGAUUAUAAGCAAAUAUCUCUCCCAGAGAUACAGAAAGUCUCAGAUGUAUCAGUAGUAGAAUCUAAAGAAAAACAGACAGAAAUAGCACAGCAGCAAGAUAUAGUAUCAGGAUCAGAGAAAAUAGAUUUGCUUCCUAAAGAUGAUGAGGUGUCUGAAAAAGUGUGUGAUAAGACAGAACAUGACACUAAGCAAGAUCAAGAAACUAAAUAUGAUAAGGAAAUUCAGCCUCAGGUUACAGAGUCAAAACCAGAAAAGGCUGACUUCCCUAUCAAACUGGAUCAUGAAAUGAAAGCGACAGAUGUGGUCAUUGAACAAACUCAAGACUUAAAAGUAUUACCACAUACACAAGUUGAAUUAUUGGAUGAAUCUUUAACAAAAGAUAGAAAGAAGGAGCAGCUAGACAGUGAAUUGACAGCACCAGAAAAAAUACAUACAUUAGAUGAGAUAAAGGACAAAAAAUCAGAAGUUACUGAAACUGGAACACUGCUGUCCACUUCACAAGAUGUUGAUGUAGAUCAUAUAAUUAAACAAAAGUCUGAAGAAACAGAGAAAGAAGUCAUUAAGCCUCAAACACAACAAUUAACUUUGGAAAAAACAGACAUAACCUCAAAAGAAGGUGUGGAUGAGAAACUUUCCCAGACAUCAUUGAUAGAAGACAAAACAAAACUGGAAGGAGAAUGCAAAGAAAAGACCAAGGAAGACAUGUACCCUGAAAUACAGCACCCAGACUCAUUGGAACAUGUUUCCCCAGUAACAGAGAAGCAUGUAAUGGAUACUGAGUCGAUUAUAGAAGUAAAAGAUACAGUGGUAGUACCAAAACAAGUUCAAGAAUCUAAGGAAGACCAAUCAGAACAAAUACACACUCUGGAUGAAACAUAUUUAUCAGACAAAGCUAAGGAGAAGCCUGUGGAUGAAAAAAUGGACGAAACACUAAAAUCUGGCCUUGAAUCUAAAGAUAAACAUGUAACAGAAAGCCAGCCUGAAGUCUUCCAGGUACCUUCAGAGGAAUUUGGGGCUCAGCUUAAGUCCGACAUAACAUGCAAAAGUGAUGAAGAAUCUAUAGAGAAACAUGAAGAGAAAUCAGAUUCUAUAGCAGAUCUUCGUUCAGAAAAGACAGCAGUACUUUCCAAAGAUGACAAACCAGAUCAAACAAAAGAUGAAAAACUAAGCACAUCUGAACUACCCACAGAUAAAGCUAAGAUCAAGGAAGAUGUUACGCUAACAGAAUCAGUUGUGGGAAAAGUUGAUGUUUCUCCAGAAACUGUUCAUGAACCAAAAGAUAAAGAUACAAAAGAUGACAAAUCCAAAGCCUUCGAACCUAUUUCUGAGAAAACUGAUUCCGUAGACAAAGAAGCUCAGUACUCUAAAGAGAAACAAGAGAGUCAGAUGAAAGAAGUUCACAUACCCACGUCCACUUCAGAAAUAACAGGUGUAACUGACAAAGAUAAAGAAACUAAAGAGAUACCUAAAGAAGACAGCAAAACACAAGAUCUUGAAUCAUCUUCUCAAAGGACAGAUGGCAUUUUAAAAGUGACUCAAUCUGAAGUAUCUGAUGAAAGAGACUCUUCAAAACCUGAAUUGGAAUCCAGAGAAAGUCCCAUCAAAUCAUUAUCUGAGCAAACUCCUUUAUCUGGAUCCGAUAAAGUAAUGGAUUCAAAACUGGACUUACCAUACAAAGAAGAACUUAGAAGUGAGGAUGCCCCCAAACUAGUGAUCCCAGCACCAUUGGAAAAAGAGCUGGAGAAAUCAGCUCUAGAAGAAACAAAACAAAUUUCAAUGUCAAGCUCAGAGACAGAAGAUGUGGACGAUCAGACCGAUAUUAUAGAUAGAACACAACAGCACAGAGAUGAUCAGCACCUGUCAACCUAUGAAACAGAAACCUUCCUUUCAGUAUCAGUGAAAACAGACAUUGGUGCUAAGUUGAAUUUAGAAUAUAAAGAAAAAUGUCUUGAGGAUAUUAAAACCGGAGCUUUAUUUUCAGUAACAGAAAAAACAGACAGUAGCAUAAAAACACCACUGGGCUCUGAAUUUCCAACAAAAUACUCAGACCAUGAAGAAAGUACUGAAGAAGAUGAAGGAGAUGCUGUCUGCAUGGGGGGUGCAGGUUCAAGACCAUUGUCAGUAGAACCACGGGUCUUAGAGGAAAGUAAGGAAAGUUCCACUGAACACAUCCCAUCUACAGCAGGCACUUUAAAAGAUGAAUUGGCAACUCCAUUAGAUGACAAAAAUGUAUUGAAAGACUUAACUAAGAUUUCACCGGAGUCAGAGAAAGACAGCAAGGAGUCCAAGACCAUUGCUCCUUCAGAACAUAGUACUACUGCAUCAGUACUUGACCUAUCAACUCCUGCAUCCAGUCAGGCAAGUGUUGAGGAGUUAAAAAAAACUGAAACACUGCCUUCCUCUACAGACACUGUCAAACCUGAGAAGGAAGUGCAGAGGGAGAUGGAAAGAGAGCGAGAGACGGUCUCUCCAGUGUUAGAAACAUCCUUGUCAUAUUUGCAAAAAGUAGACAGUUCUGAAAAGACCACUGAUGAAAAGACAAAAACAGAAAAAGAGAAAAUGGAUAUCAGCAGCACCUAUCAAACAGAAAAAUGGAGCUAUGAAGCUUCUAAAUAUGAGCCUUAUGAAAAACCAGUCUCAAAGGAGCUUGAGAAGGACGGAGAGGACAAAGACAAAUUUUCUAAAACGAACCUUGACAUAAAUGCAGGUGACAGUAGUAGAGUUAGCCAGUCAUCUCUGCAGGGAGCUGCAUGUCAAAUAGACGAACAAAGUGAUGAAGAACCAGUAUCAUUCAGCAAGGUUGACUAUGACAUGUCUUUCUCAGAGAUGAAGACUAGUGUCUUUAGUGGACCAAGUACCUGCUCUGAGCAAGAUAAUAAGGCAAGCUACCAAGAAGAAAUAGCUAGCAUGGGAGUAGACAAGAGUUCUGACAGCAAAACCACCCCUGUAGCUGGGUCAAGUUCAUUUACUUCCAGUGAAGUCCAAGACAAAUCAGAGAAAUUAGAAAGAGAAGAGAAAGAGAAAGAGAAGGAACCUGCCAGAGAGGACACAUCUUUCCGUAGAGAAGAAGAAAAAGAUACUUACUCUGAAUUGUCAUCAAAACUACCUUGUCCAUCUGUAUCCAGUCUGCCACAGCCUGAAAAGUUAGACACUGCUAAUGAGAAAGUGAAGGAUGUAAAGAUAGAAGAGACAGUGGCUCCAUCACAUAAACAGGUCUCUGAUAUUACUAUGACAUCUCUUGAAGCUGAGACGCAUGUAGAUGUUCUGACUUCCAAACAUGGGCUGGUUUCACAAGAUCAGAAAAUCUUAGAGACCACAACGAUACAAUCAACCUCAUAUCAGACUGAGAACAUACCAGAGAGUCAGACCAAAACAAGUGAAGAUAAGGUAGACAUAAAGUCAGAAAAGCAAGUAGAAGAAGCUUCAUCAGACAGCAAAAAAGACCAAACUUCUUCUGGUAGACUUACACCACCAGAGAAAAUGCUCCUGCCCAGUCAGUCAACUCCUGUAGGUGUAAGCAGCCAUGUUUCUGAUUCACCUCUUGAGGAGCAGCAUGUGCAGGACAACGCCCUUGCGUCAGAGUGCACAACUGUUUCAAGUUCUCUGACCAGCAAAUCACAGCUGGCAAGUGGAGAAACAGAAACAUACCCAGUCAAAAGUGAACAGAUUUUUGCAAAAGAAGGAGGUGAAUAUAAAGAUGAGGAAGAGGAAGGUGAAGAAGAGGAGGAGACCAGUGAUUUGGGUAUGGAAAAAGGUGCCAGAGAGAUUUCUGAGAAAGAAUCCAAAGCUGUAUCUGAUGCAAUGGAUCAGAAAUCAAGUGAGAAAAAACAAGAGCAGCCAUGUGUAGCAGAAUACUCUUCUAAUGAAAGCCAGAAGGAGGAUGUUGUAUCAAUAGCUUCAAAAGAUCCUUUACAGGGGGAGACAGCUGAAUCAUUUACUAAAGACAUUGUUACAGCAGGUCUUGCGUCUACAUAUGAGGUGGUAAGCACAAGCAUUGAGCAGUCAAAGGAAAAAGACAGCAGUUUGCCACAUCCCGAUCUAAGCAAGACUAGUGAGCAUAAGCAUGAAUGUGAGUUAGAGAAGGCCUCUGAUAAAAAGCACGAGGGAGCAAGUGCUCAAACUGUCAUGUUAGAUACAACUCAUUCUUCGUCCUCUUCAUCCUACAGUUAUUCCUCGUCGACCUCUGCCUCCUAUUCUACAGGUCAACACUUUGGUGAGGGACUUUUAGAGACUCCUAUUACUAUUCCCAGUGCUCAUUUGAGGACUGAUGCAGAUAGUAUAUCCUUUGAGUACUCUUCUUUCAAAGAAGAGGAAUCUCUUGCAAUAGAUUCAUCCUAUUUAAGCUCUGGGGUACAAUCAAGAGAUGAAGCCAUGGAAGUUUCUGAAAGGAUCACAUCUGCAACAGCUGAGUCUGUGUCCAGUCUUGCAAGGUUUUCUCCACUCAGUCCCCUGGAGGAGACUAAAUCUUUCCUUCAGGACCAGGCAUCAUCAGCAGAGGAAAAGUCAGAGGAAGAAUUAGCAAGUAUUAAAUCAGACAAAGAUCAGCCAUCUGACCAAAAAGACAUGUUGGCGACUGACCUACAGUGCUCAAAAGUCCCUGAUUCUUCCAAAACUGCACCUCAGCAGCUUGAAGUAGUUUCUACUUCACCUCCUAUGUUUGAUAUUGCUCCAUUAAAGAAAGCUGACUCAUCAGAAAAACAAUCCCAUGAAGAAUCCACUGAGAUUGAACAAGAAGAAGGGACCUUACCUUGUAGAAUUGAAUGUGACCGAGUUACACCCCAUGAUCAGAAAGGAAGCACAGAGUUAUUGCCUGGGCAACAUGUUGAUGUUACCUCAACCAUGCACUCCAUUCAGUCUAAUUUGGAGAUACAGUCACCUCAUUUGUCAGUAGAACAGUCAUCCAAUGGGCCAACAGAAGUUUGUACAGAUUCUCAUGUAGUUUCAAGUAAAGCAGAUGAAGUUGGUGCCACUUCCCUACCAGAGCCAAAACAGGCAGAGGUGGAAAAAGAGAAAGAAGAGAAGAAAGAUCAUGUAAAGGAUCAUGAGGUAGCUUGUGCUCCAAAAAAGCCAGAAGAUCAAGCGGAUCAGCAGAAGGAGAAAAAAGAAGAGUCGAAGGUAGAGGAGACAAUCCCAGGAAAAGAGAAGAUGGAUGAGAAGAAAGAGAGAAAAGAAGAAGAGAAGAGUAAGGAGGAUGAUAAGAUGGAAUAUGAAAAGAUUGAUAUGAAAGAGGAGAAGCAAGAAAUGCAAGUUAAAGAAAAAUCUGAAGAAAAGAAAGAGAGUAAAGAAAUGGGCGAUUUUAUGAAAGAAGUAAAAGAUGAGUUCAAAGAGAAAGAACAGAUGGGAACAGUCAAAGAAGAAUCUGACUGCAAGACAGAAGAGAGAAUGCAACCAGUGCAGGUAGAUUUGCCAGAAAAAGAUACCAAGAAAACAGAUGGAGAUGAGUCAAUUCAAAAAAGCACCUCUGCCUCUGAGAUGACUCAGGAGACUAGUACUACAUGUUUGACAGCUGUACCUGACAAAACAUUGGAUGUGUCUAAACAUCUGCAAGAGGAGAAAGAAAAGAAAGAACAGCUAGAACAUGACUUAAAAGGGCAGAAAGAUCUAACUGUGCCUCAUUCAAGUCAACAGAUCUCUAAGCCUACUACUACUACUACUACUACUGAAUCAGAGGUAGAUUUUACUCGACCUUCUGCACUCAGCAUGGACACCAGCUCCUCUCACUCACCUUCACUGUACAAACAUCGCAAAGGAGAACUUUCACCAUCAUUCAUUAAUCCAAGCCCACAUCAUUUAUCCAGUGAGGAGGAAGAGGAGGAUGUUAGAAGUGAUCGCUCAAAGGAUGAUGAUGAUUUUGACGAUGAACGUGAGCAACACUCUGUUAAAAGGCGAUCUCACAAACAACAGCGUCAUCAUUCUCAUAUCCACCAUGGAGACAGCAAGGAAGCAGUCCAUGCUCCUUCGAGUGGCAUGGCAAGUGGACAUGGAGUAUCACUUGCAGGAGAAGAAACUCCUCCAACCUCUCUGAGCGAGUCUCUUCCUUCUCAGUCUGACUCAGACGUACCACCCGAGACAGAGGAGUGUCCAUCCAUCACAGCUGAAGGAAACCUUGACUCUGAUGAGGAUGCAGAACAUUUACCAGUGGACAAAACGUCAGCUACUAGUGGAAGUGGAGGUGGUCUCCACUCAUCGUCUCCAAGGACCCAUGAUCCUCCACCUGCCCCGAUGAAAGACUCUGUCCCUCAACCCCCCAAACCUGAUGUGUGCAUGGUAGACCCAGAAGCGGUUUUAAAUGGGCAAAGCCACACAGAGAGACCUAUGAAGAAAGAGCUUAAAACCAACAAAGGGUUGAGGAAAACUUUAGGGAAGCAGAAGUCUGCAUCUCCAGCACGUAAAGGUGACGGAAGGAGCAGGAGGUCCACAACGCCUGUAAAACAGACAUCUAAGGACUCCUCACCUCAUCCCCCUUCUAUUAAAAGAUUAGAUUCUGAGAAGACCCUCCGUGUGUCUCGCACGCUCGAGACACAGGGUUCUAAGGGAGACAACUAUCCAGGAAAAGGACUUGUCAAUGGUGUAAAGAGCAAUACAGGUUCGAACCAGAAGUCCACCUCUGGAGCUUCCCCUGGACCAGCUUUCUAUGUUGACCUUGCCUACAUUCCAAAUCACUGCAGUGCUAAAAAUGUAGACCAAGAAUUUUUCAAACGGGUGCGUGCUGCUUACUAUGUAGUGAGUGGAAACGACCCAGGCAGUGGAGAACCAAGUCGUGGCGUACUGGAUUCGCUACUUGAAGGCAAAGCACAGUGGGGAACCAAUCUGCAGGUGACGCUGAUUCCUACCCAUGACACGGAGGUGACUCGUGACUGGUACCAGCAGACUCACAAGAAGCAACAGGAUCUGAACAUAAUGGUCUUGGCCAGUAGCAGCACAGUCGUUAUGCAAGAUGAGUCUUUCCCUGCCUGCAAAAUAGAAUUUUAGGCAUGCUUUGUAUUUAGGGACAUAUAAUUUCUCCUUAUUAAUUAAGACUAAUUAAGACAGUGUAUUCCUUACCACCCACAGCGUUGCAUCCUACUGACUGCCAUUUAUAGUUUGUAUCUUAGCCUGCAACAGCAGCAGAUCCUUGUGCUCCAAGGCCUUACAAAUAAGCUUUGGUUUAGAAUCCUGAUUUUAUGUUGUGUGCUAUUUCAUUGGGCUUGCAAGACCUAGGCAAAGACUGUGAGGUUGUGAGGUUAAUUUAACAGAGGUUAUGACAAAAGCCUUCCUUUGUUUGUUGUAUAUUUAGUUUAUUUCCAUAUUCCCAGUGGUAAUCUUUGAGAGACAUGUUCACAUUCAGAUGCCCUAAAUAUGAAUUUGAAGCACAAAAUACCCUCUGCAAUUUAUUACUGUAGAACAUCAAUCCAAUCCAAUCCACAGAUUUUCUUCAUUAUGAAAGUUAACAUGCUUUGUUACACAUUUAUUGUAACAUGAAUCCUGUAGGAGUAAUUUGUCUGCAGAAAUCGAAUAACCCUCUAUUUCAGACAACAAAACAGAGAAAAGGUGUGAGUAAGGUAUCAAAGGCGUGUGUGUGUGUAUAUACAGUAAGUUUCAAAGACUUAAAUCAUGCUACUCUGAAAAGGCACAUACUCUGCACAUACCAGCAAAAACAAGCUAGCAACCAGCCAACAAACAAGCAAACAAACGUAUAAAGCUUAUGCAAGUGCCAAAUCUAAAUUCUGUAUUCCCACAGCUAAAAGACGCUUUUUAAAGUAUUCUGUGAGAUGAAUCCAAAUUUUUGUGUUCCUCAUAAUUUAAUUUGUGACCAGGGGUUUGUUGAUGUAGUACGUUUGUGCCUUUAAGGAUAUGGCACUAUAUAUAGAUGACCAGCAGCUUUGUGGUAUUUGGCUGACUCUUGUAUACCUGUUGUGGGUGAGGUUAAAAAAAAAAAUCUGUUAAGAACUGAAAUCCGCUAACAGUGUAAAAGGGUUAUACAUUGGUUUUAGUUUCAUUAAUGCAUGAUGCUUGCGCAGCUUCUCAGAUGGUGCAGUGUUUAAGGGUUUUGUUUUUAUAAUGUAAUAAUUCUUUGUGUAUUCCUCGACUUUACAUAAGAAUGACUUCUGAUAGGGUCUAUGGUACGUUAUUGUCAAUUUUAUAAUUUUUAAUUUUCAAGAGCUCAGAUGAGGUUUUUAGUUCAGAAGUAUCUUUGUAUGGUUCAGCACAAUGCUCUGAUUCUGAUAAUCCUGUUAAGGCAACAGUUACACAUUAUUUAUAGCCAGAACCAUUCAUUAGCUUUGCUUUGAAUGGAAGUGACGGCGGUUUAUGUAGCAGUAUUAUAUGUGAGUGUGUAAAUGAUGGCUUGCAUGAGAAGCGAGCACUAUUUCACUUAUACACUUCACUUAUACACUGAAGAAAUGGAGAACAUGGGCCCCUGUCAUGUGCCUUCUGCAUUAACCGUUUAGAGACAGAAUAAGGGUUUACAGAAAAAUGCUGAAACACUUUACAUCACAUGGAAAAUAUACAGCACUUUGGAACAUGAAACAGAUUUUGACAAUGAGGAUUUAAAAGUCCUUAGUAGCCUUAUACCACAUGUACAGUGACACAUGAUGGACUGUCCUAUUCUAAAGUGUAUCCCAAACAAUGCAAAAUUAUAAAUAGUUCACUAUUUUGCACAGAGAAAGAUAGCAGUUUUUUAAAUGUGAACAAGAGCCAUUACAGCAAAGGAGUAUGGGUAGAUAAAAUGCGUGUAAAUAUUUGCAUAAACGACAUUGGGAUUAUUAGGUUAUUUUAAUUAAAGAGAAAUAUUUAUUGAGAGGUACUUCUAAUAUUUACCGAAGCUUGAAUAUAACAUAAUUGAUUGACUCUAGUAUGGCAUCCUAAAUGUAUGAUCAUGUAUAAUCAUGUGUGUCUGUGUAUAUGCGUACAUUCAGUGAGUGAGUUGGAAGUCGUGGAUUGAGUACAAAUAAUCUAAAAUCCCUAGAACAACAUCACUAAUAGACAUUGUUUUGAAUGAAGUUAAUUUUACUUAUAUUUAUUUGACAGCUUCAGUAUUACCUUUGUAUUUACCGGAGUGUUUUGAUGUCAUUUUCGUUAAUUUUCACAUUUAAUUUUCUAAAACAUGAUACAAAUGUCUCUACAUCUCUGUUAGUGUAUAUGUUAAAGUAAAUGCUUAUUAGUUCUGUUUGUUAAAAAAAAAAUUAGCCAGCGUUUUAUUCAUAUUUACUAUUGUGGUAAGUUACUGUUUGCAGAACAGACUGAGAUUAAGUCAGGGACCGUGUAUGAAAGAUUUAAGUCCUAAUUCCUGUGACAGGCAAUUUGCUGCAAUUUUGUUAUAAGCUUCUAAAUCCAUUUGAACAAUCUUUUUGUGGUAAAUUUUUAUGCCAGUUUCUUCACUUAAAGAAACAAAGCCAAGCUAAUACUAUAGCACCUGGGAUCUUAAAACGGACAAUUAAGUUCAUGUCUUAAUUGCUUACUUCAGAAAUGUUUGAUUCAGUAUUAUGGACUGCAGUUGACUGUAUUUUUUGUUUCAAAGUCAGUUUAUUAUUUUUUUUUUUAAAUGGAAAUUGAUUAGUUUUGUUUUUUUUGUUCAGGCAUAGUGCCAUUGUUUUCCUGGAUGGUUAAUGCUUCAAGUCCAAAGCAAUGAAAUUACCUCUGGUCCUGUCGACCUGAUAAAUGACAUGAGCCUAAAUGACUGAAAUGCUCUCUAAUCUCACCAUGAACAUAUAACUAUACACCAAGAACAAUAUGUAUUUUUGAUAGGUGAACUGUACUAAAAAUGGGAUUGUGUACUGUAUGUUCAUAGGUAUGGAUAUAUUUUAAUAUUUGGCCUUAGGAACAAAUACUGUCUGAUCUUGUUGAUUAUGUGUGAUUGCUGUGCACAGAACUCUGUGCAAUGUAUGCACUAACUUCAUAUUAUUGAAUGUAUAAGUUGCUUUGCUGGAUGCUGCUUGAACAAAACAAAGAGCUAGCAAAUAUGCAUAUGGUACAGUGAACUCUGAGCGAAAUGAUGACAAGACUGUGAUAAGUUUAUAUGUAAAAACAUAACUGUAAACUCAAUCAGAUAUUACCGAUCUCAGUAAUGAUGCAUUACUCUCUCCAUACCAGAAGACUCAUACAGACUACAGUUACGAAGUUUUCUUCUCCUGAAUGACUUGAAUUAUACAUGACAAAAUCUAAAAAGCAGUGCAACAUCUCUGCUUACGGACACUUACAGACACCAAUCAAAAUAGCAAAUGGAUACAAACUUACUCUUGUGAAGCAUUUUCAUUUUGGAGCAUUUUAGCAUCAGUGGAAAUUUACUUUGCAAAAAGGGAAAACAAAAAAGACUUCAGAAAUAAGAUACCUCUUUUGGUUCAUUUCCAUACUCCUGAGUCCAUUCUCCAAAAUGAACGGCUUUAUCCGCCCUUACAUCACGCCAACGCAUCAAUUUCUGCAUGUGAUCUUAUUAGUUAUAAUCCUGAAUGUACUUCUUUAAUAACUAAAACAAGAACACUAUUUUAAAAGGUAUAUUUGAACAAGCUAAUUGUCUUAAUAGUACUGAAAUAUGCAUAUUAUUGGGCUUUGCUUCUGUUUGCCCUAAGACGUUGUUGAGAAGAUGCUGUGAUAGUUCCUGUUUUUUGCUGCUGUAUGUGUCUUAAUUUUGUUCCUCUUUAGUGCAAUAUAACAAAUGAGCUCUUUCAAAUCCAAACACAAACUUAGAUUUCUGCUUACUGUAAAACGGAACCAUCCUAGUCAUC